UUUUCUCAGUCGCAUCUGAGUUACUGAGAAAGACAGAGACAAAUAUAUUGCAUGUGCGCAUGCGCGAAAACCAUAAUUUUCAGUCUUACGUAUAGUUUCAAUGCGACGAAUGGUUUCACUUCCAUAGCAUUAGUUCAGUCUCCUUAGCCUGGGCUGUUUUCGGCACUCGCCCCGAGUUAACUCCGGGUUAAUGGUGAUUGUUACCAAACACCCCAAACACUAGUGUACGUAUAGCGUCGUUUAAGAAAUCGUGAAAAGGUGGAAAAUAAAUAACGAUCCAGGAAAAUAUCAAUAAAAUAAAAUAUACUAAUAGGUGUGUAAUUUUCUACUUAUACCUAAUAUAAGAUAUUUCGUAAAUGGAUGAGAAAAAGGACUUUCAGUCAAUGUCAGUUCAAGAGCUGUCAUAUUCAUUAAGCCAAUUUGUGCCUGCAGAAACGGUAAAAAUUUUAGAAGAUGAAGGUAUUUUUGGCUCUUUGUUUCUUGAAUUGACUAACCAAGACUUUCAAGAAUUAAAAGUAAAAAUGGCUCCGCGAAAAUUUUUGAAAAAAUUAAGCAAGGAAUGCAAAGUAGAGCAGAAUUUACUUGUUGAGCUUGUGGUUCAAAAUGAUGGAUCGUUAAGAUUGGAAAAGGAUAACAACUCCAAUAUAUUUAGCGUUCCACAAACGAAAAUUCCAAAAAUUACUAACUUCAGUGGCAGUGACAACAUCGCGUCAACGAGCGGCACUAAUUGCACAGAACCUACAGUCAACAGAUUUUCAAAUUUUGAAACAGUUAUGAACACUUUAUUAAAUCACUGUCAAGGACCGAAAUUGAUAAAAGCAGCAAAUUCUGCUUUCACUGAAGAGGACAGGAGGUCCUUAGUAAGAGUAUUGGUGGCAGAACUCAUAAAAGUUCAUGGACAUUAUCCUCCAGAUAUGAACAUUAUUAUGAUGAAUCCAGUAAACAAGGCUUCAUUCAAUAUCGGUUAUGGACAGUACACAAAAAUCUGCCUCCGGACGACAAAAAGUAUAAAACAAAAAAUUACUUAACAUCUUAACACCAUCAUCUUCCUCGACGAUUCCUAUCACUCUACUGUCUCAGAAAGAUCUUGAAUCAAAGGUAUGUAAAAACUAUUUUGGCGCUUACAUACCAAUUUAUGUCUCUUUUACUCCAAUUGUCUAUAAUAUCGAAACGUAGACAGGUGUAAAAGCGCCCUAACUCACCUUUAAAUUGACAAUAUGUGAAUAAAUACAGUAAUAUAUUUUUUUGUACUAAAUUUCCUGGAUGCAAUUUAAAAAUCCGUUAGAUAACAAUAAACAUGAGAUUUCUCAAGCUCUAAUGGAAACUCUGCCUAAUAGAAGAACAUGGAUAACCAAAGAGAAUCUAACUAUUUGUCAGAUUUUUGCGAUGUAUCCACGAUUAAUUGAUUAUAAAGG